AUUAAUGAGAUAUUUCAGUGCAGACUAGCUAACGAAUCAGUCGACUGAAAAUGAUGUAGUAGAUGUGAGCUAUAGUUAAAGGCACUGAAAGAGAAGAUGAAAAUGUUAAAUGCAGUCAAUCAUUUUGUUUCUUCUUCAUCAUCUCCACCGUUGAUUCUUCAAUGCUGCUCAUUUUCUCCUCCUCCUAUCAUCUCCAGGAGAGCAGCAUCUGGAAAAUUCUUGUUAAAAUGCUCACUUGACAGCCCUUUGGCAAGUAAGGUUGUGGUUAGGCGUAUGGUAUCUGGGCUCGCCGCCUCAUUAAUAUUGCUCUCCCAAACAGAUAAGGUUCUUGCAUUAGACAAUGUAUCUCAUUCCCACAAUAUAUGCCAGCUUGCAAGUGCUGCUGAUGAUAAGAUAACUCUUCCGCUUGACGAUAAAGAUGAUAAGCUAAUGAUGAUGAGAGGUAUGACUGCAAACAAUUUUGACCCGGUUAGGUAUUCUGGAAGGUGGUUUGAAGUAGCGUCUCUCAAACGUGGAUUCGCUGGACAAGGCCAAGAAGACUGCCAUUGUACCCAGGGUGUGUAUACAUUUGAUAUGCAGACGCCAGCUAUUCAAGUAGACACCUUUUGUGUUCAUGGAGGCCCUGAUGGGUAUAUUACUGGUAUAAGGGGAAAAGUUCAAUGCUUAUCAGAAGAGGAUUUGGAGAAAAAUGAGACUGAUCUGGAAAAAAGAGAAAUGAUUAAGCAAAAGUGUUACCUUCGGUUUCCGAAGUUGCCAUUUAUUCCUAAGGAGCCUUACGAUGUGAUUGCUACUGACUAUGACAAUUUUGCUCUUGUCUCGGGAGCAAAGGACAAAAGUUUUAUCCAGAUAUAUUCAAGGACGCCUAAUCCAGGUCCUGAAUUCAUAGAGAAGUACAAAACGUACUUGGCGAACUACGGAUACGAUCCAAGCAAAAUUAAGGACACCCCACAAGACUGUGAAGCGAUGUCAAAUACCCAGCUUGCUGCAAUGAUGUCUAUGCCCGGGAUGGAACAGGCUCUCACGAACCAAUUCCCGGACCUAGAGCUAAAGAGAGCUGUUCAAUUUGACCCAUUUACGAGUUUGUUUGAUACUUUGAAGAAGCUUUUGGAGCUGUAUUUCAAGUAGAAAAUGAACUUGUGUGCUUUAUGUUCAGCUUUUGUAUAUGCGUAUAUAUCAACAUAGGCAUCAUUCUUUUUGAGCACUAGCAAUCUUCUUCUGAAA